GCCUCGUUGGUUGGGACUGAGGCUAUUGGGACAUUGGCGGAAAGAUGGCGGCGCCCAUGGACUGUUUGGAGUCUCUGGAGAGUGAAGGCGGCGCGGGGCGCAGGGCGUCCGGGAUGGAGGUGGCGCUGCCCUCGGACCCUGCGGCUCCCGCCCCGCUAUGCCCACACGGGCCCACUCUUCUCUUUGUGAAAGUGAGCCAAGGGAAGGAAAAAACACGGAAGUUUUAUGCCUGUUCAGCCUGUAGAGACAGAAAAGACUGUAAUUUUUUUCAAUGGGCAGAUGAAAAGUUGUCAGAAGCUAGACUUGCUGCCCGAGAAUUUCAUAACCAAAGAUGCCAGCCUCCUCUCUCCCGAACACAGUGCAUAGAAAGGUACCUAAGUUUCAUUCAGUUGCCCUUGACCCAAAGAAAGUUCUGUCAGAGUUGCCAGCAGUUGCUGUUACCUGAGGAUUGGAGGGAGCACGGCGAGCAUCAGCUGUUGGCUGACAUCUCCAUCACCCAGCUCCGCAGGCCCAGUCAGCUGCUCUACCCACUGGAAAACAAGAAGACGCACGCCCAGUACUUGUUUGCUGAUAGGAGCUGCCAGUUUCUGGCAGGCCUCCUUGCUACCCUCGGGUUCAGAAGAGUGCUGUGCGUUGGAACACCGAGGCUACACGAGCAGAUCAGGCUGACAGCUCCAGGUGAGAUGUCCAACAUGAAAAGCCUUCUAUUGGACAUUGAUUUUCGAUAUUCACAGUUUUACCUGGAAGAAAGCUUUUGCCGUUAUAACAUGUUCAACCAUCAUUUCUUUGACGGAAAGGCUGCCCUUGAAGUGUGCAAGGCAUUCUUACAGGAAGAGGGAGGUGAAGGCGUGAUUAUGGUGACAGACCCUCCUUUUGGUGGCUUGGUUGAACCUCUGGCUAUUACAUUCAAGAAGUUAAUGGCUAUGUGGAAAGAAGGUCAAAGCCAAGAUGACAGUCACAAAGAACUGCCCAUUUUCUGGAUUUUCCCCUAUUUUUUUGAGCCACGGAUUUGUCAGUUUUUCCCAAGCUUCUGCAUGCUGGAUUACCAGGUAGAUUAUGAUAAUCACGCACUUUACAAACAUGGAAAGACAGGUCGAAAACAGUCUCCUGUGCGGAUUUUCACCAAUAUUCCGCCCAACAAAAUAAUCCUUCCUCCAGAAGAAGGGUACAGAUUUUGCUCCCUCUGUCAGAGAUACGUUUCCCUUGAGAAUCAGCACUGCGAGCAUUGUGAUUCUUGCACGUCCAAGGACGGAAGGAAAUGGAACCAUUGCUUUCUCUGCAAAAAGUGUGUGAAGCCUUCGUGGAUCCAUUGCAGCAUCUGCAAUCGCUGUGCACUGCCAGAUCACUCCUGCUCCGGCCCUAAAGAUGGCUGCUUUAUAUGUGGUUCACUGGAUCACAAACGCAGCAAUUGUCCCAACAUUGGCACCUCUAAGAGAGCUAACAAAGCUGUCAGAAAGCAGAAGCAAAGAAAAAGUAAUAAGAUAAGAGCGGAGCCACUAAAGGACACUCCAUGAAUCACAUAUCUGCUCCAAGAAGAAAGAACAGGAGGGGAAAGGCCCAUCAAUAUCCUCGCUCUUAAAUGUCCGGUGACUUGAGAAUAAGGAAGAUUUAUAGUCCAACCUUUGGUGCCAUUUUCUCCAAGUGCCACACUGGACUUAAAUCCAGCUGCUUUCAAAGGUGUGCUCCUUCCUAAGCCCUGUAGGAGGCAGGUGGCAUUUGCUGGCUGAGUUCCCUCAGCUGCCUCUGCAGACCUGGGAGCCUUCUGUACUCAGCCAGUUCCCUGGCUCUCUGUCUAUGCUUUUCCCACUCUUUAAAUCCCCACCAGUCUAUUUUGGCUUCUUUUGUCUGAAAAAUGGGCAUUCAGCACACGUU